AUGAGUGCUUCACAACUUCUCCGUGCUCUCACUCUUGUGCUUCUCCUGUUUAAAGGGAGUGGAGCCUGGUCUUACAAUGCCUCCACAGAAGUCAUGACUUUUGACGAAGCUAGUGCUUAUUGCCAGCAACACUACACACAUCUGGUCGCGAUUCAAAACCAGGAAGAGAUUAAAUACCUAAACUCUGUCUUGAGCUAUUCACCAACUUACUACUGGAUUGGAAUCAGAAAGGUCAACAAUACCUGGACCUGGAUAGGGACCCAGAAGCCUCUGACCGAAGAAGCCAAGAACUGGGCUCCUGGCGAACCAAACAAUAAGCAAAACAAUGAGGACUGUGUGGAGAUCUACAUCAAGAGAGACAAGGACACGGGCAAGUGGAAUGAUGAGAGAUGUAGCAAAAAGAAGCUGGCCUUGUGCUACACAGCUGCCUGUACCCCUACAUCCUGCAGUGGCCAUGGUGAGUGUGUAGAGACCGUCAACAACUACACAUGCAAGUGCUACCCUGGCUUUGGGGGACUCAGGUGUGAGCAAGUGGUGACCUGUCAAGCGCUGGAAGCCCCCAAGCAUGGAAGCCUGGGUUGCACGCACCCUCUGGGGGUCUUCAGCUACCAUUCUUUCUGCUCUGUCAACUGUGAAGAGGGCUAUGUCCCAAGCAGCACAGAGGCCAUGCAGUGCACUUCCACGGGAGAAUGGAGUGCCCCUACUCCUGUCUGCAAUGUGGUUGAAUGCGAUGCUCUGACAAAUCCAGCCAAUGGAGUCAUGAACUGUUCCCAAAGCUCUGAAAACUUCCCAUGGAACAAAACUUGUGCCUUUGAGUGUGAAGAAGGAUUUGAACUAAUGGGAUCCCAGCACCUCCAGUGUACCUCAUCCGGGAAAUGGGACAAUGAGAAGCCAACGUGCAAAGCUGUGACAUGUGGGGCCAUCCGCCAUCUUCAGCAUGGAUCUGUGAGCUGUAGCCACGCCCCCACCGGGGAGUUCGCCUUCAGGUCCUCCUGCAAUUUCACCUGUGAGGAAGGUUUCGUGAUGCAGGGGCCAGCCCAGCUUGAAUGUACUGCACAAGGGCAAUGGAGUCAACAAGUCCCAGUUUGUGAAGCUUUUCAGUGCAAAGCCUUGUCCCGCCCAGAUAGAGGCUACAUGAGUUGUCUUCCUAGUGCUUCUGGAAGUUUCCAAAGGGGGUCCAGCUGUGAGUUCUUCUGCGAACAGGGAUUUGUCUUGAAGGGAUCCAAAAAGCUCCAGUGUGGCCCCAAAGGUGAAUGGGACAGUGAGAAGCCCACGUGUGAAGCUGUUAAGUGUAAAGCUGUCCGGCAGCCCCAGCAUGGCUCUGUGAAGUGUACCCAUUCCCCUCCUGGAGAGUUCACCUACAAGUCCUCCUGUGCUUUCAGCUGUGAGGAGGGCUUCGAAUUACAAGGGUCAGCUCAACUCGAGUGCACGUCUCAGGGACAGUGGACACAGGAAGUCCCCUCCUGCCAAGUGGCAAGAUGUUCAAUACUGACAGCGUCAGGAAAAAUGAACGUGAGCUGCAGCGGGGAGCCUGUGUUUGGCACUGUGUGUGCUUUUGCAUGUCCUGAGGGAUGGACCCUCAAUGGCUCUGCAGCCCUGACGUGUGACACCACAGGACACUGGUCUGGGAUGCCGCCCACCUGCGAAGCCGCCCCCGAGGCCCGCGUUCCCGUGGCUGCCGAGCUCGCCGCCGCCGCCGCCGCCGCCGGGGCCUCCCUCGUGACCGUGACGUCGUUAGUCCUCUGGCUUCUGAAACGCCUGCGCAAGAGAGCAAAGAAAUUUGUUCCUGCCAGCAGCUGCCAAAGCCUCCAAUCAGAUGGAUCCUACCAGAUGCCUUCUGAGCUCAUCUAAGUCCAAAGGAAUCAGGAACACAGGUUCCUCCAAGAACUAGAGCAAUGCCCUGAGGAUGGCAGAGACUGAGAGCACUCCUCUGGUCUCUGGCCCUUCUCACCUCCCACACCGGCCGCCUUUAAGCUGGAAGCAAGGUACCUAUGAGGACUUCAACCGUCCAGACUCCAGUGAGCAGAGCCAGCCUGCCACUAGGAAGACAGCUUUCUCUUUCCUGUUCUCAGUGUCUAGAAAGUAGUGGCAGAUGGAGGGAAAGCAUAUUCUCUUUCAAGCACAUGUGAAGAGACCCAGGCUCCACAAUCUCAGAAUUCCUGUUCUAUCUCUCUCCCCUGCUCACUGUGAGAUCUCCAUGGAGAAACACAGUAUUUUGUGGUACCCUUUCUUUCUUUUGCCCCACGUGGUGUCCCUGCUGAUUACAUGUUUGCUGUCAUGGGGAUGAAUAAUUGUCAAGACUUUAGGGGAAACAACUUAGCCAAAGAUAUUCUAUCACCAGCGUGAAAAAAAAAAAGACAAUUUUUUAAUGUCCACGGGCAAGU